AUGAGUGCGAGGGAUGCAAAAUUUGUGGGCAAAAAUCCAUUUUCUAGAUCCGAGGAGAAAACAUGGAGGUCAGUGGAUGUCAGGCUUUUCAGCGACGUGUUCCUCGUCACCCAGGUGAUGGGUUUGAUUAUGCUAAUGAUGAUAAUUAUAUGGCCCAUGCGCUACUGUGAGGGCCACACCUUGAUCUCCAAAGUCGGCAAGGAAUACCUCGGGCUUUACCUGCUCAUUAUCAUGGGCACCGUGUAUUUCGUGACCAACUCUGCUCUGGCUUACAGAGUUCAUCGGACUAUCCGCAGGAAGACUCUGAAGACAUUCCACGGAGCUCUUCAUUUGGCGAUAAUCGCGAUGACGACCACCGGCGUCCUCGCUCUCUUGAAAUUCCAGAAGCCCGCAAAACCUACAUGCUCCUCAGUGUUCACCUGGUUGGUCUUCGUCUCUAUCAUCAUGUACACCCGGCAGACACUCUAUAGCCUUUUUAUUAGCGUUGGUGUUCGCUACCGGUUUUCUUCUCAAUCCUUGCAUCUACACACGGUCGUCCUGCAGGCUCUCUCAUUCGGAGGUCCUCUGGAGAUCGUCCAGGCUAUUGACGGUGUCUUCAAGGUCCUCCCAGACCAACCCAUCGCCUCUGUGGCCGGUGUCUACUACCUCCUGAGCCAGACCUAUAUACUUGAACUGAUCUUGUACGUGUUCAUGCUACUGGUAUUGAUGCUGACUUAUCUGAUGAUAAAGAUCAAGAGGUGCCCUUUUCCCAAGGAAAAUGAGACACAUAAACAUUAUUCCAACGUGUGCUUAGCCUAG